ACACCUCGUCACAGGUCUUGCCGUCACCUCCAGUAGGCCCCAUAGGUCCAACGGGACCCACCGGACCCACGGGGCCUACAGGUCCUACGGGUCCAGAUCAACCUGGCACUCCAGGAACUCCAGGGACCGGUGGAAUUCCCGGAACACCUGGUAAACCUGGAUAUUAUGGCGAUAAUUCAACGUCAUCGAGUAGUAGCUCAAGUUUGCCGUCGACGAGUAGUUCAAGUCUGCCACCGAGUGAAAGUAAUGGGCAACCGGAGCCUACGAGUCUAUCAACAACACCUAGUGCAUCACCCACCAAUUCAUAUUCACCUUCAAACACCAAGAUCGGAACGAAUCCCUCGGAUACCCCAGCAGAUUCACUCGCCUCCACCUCCAAAACUUCCGUGAAAAUCGCCAUAGGAAUUAUCGUUCCCAUAUUUUUGAUGAUAGUCAUUGGUUUAAUAGUCUAUUAUCGUCGCAGACGCAUGAAAUCUGGAUUCUCAUCCACUGAAGACAACAACCAUGGCUUUCCCGAAAAAAGGUAUUCCGAGGAUUCCAGCGGUGACGAUAAAGAACAAAAAUCCGGUGUAAAUCUAUUCGAUAGUGUCCGUUCUCUAAAAGCACUUGCUGCCCUCGCUGCGCCCCCUAAAUCCCACACGAAAUCAAAGUCAUUUUCUAGUGACACGAGUGAAAAUGUGACUUCCGACAGUUCAUUAGCAGGCAAACGUGGUAUCAAGGGAUUAAAUAAUAUUAUAAUAACAAAGGUGUCAAGUGUACAAGUGCAUCACGAUGGGGGGUUCGAUUUAAUGGGUGAAAUAGAUGGAUUGUACACCGGUAGUAGUUUAAGUGUUGCCAGUGUGAGCACAAGUAAUUUUGGCUUGAUCAACGGGGAAUACGAACGUUCAAGAAAUAGGGAAAGUAGAGAGACCAAUAAAACUAGUCAAAGUGAUACGAGCGAGGAAUUGGGAAUGACGAAAGGACUUUAA